AUGGAAAACCCCACUCCCCUAUCUGAGGCCAAAAAGGUCGCGCUUGAUAAGCUGACCGCAUCUUUGGGUCCAGAGUACGUGGAGUUCCUUGUUAUACAAGGUCCGGAAGUGCUUAAUGCACGUGUUGAAAGCUUCAUGCAGUAUGAAGCGACCCUUUUAGGGCAGGUCCAAGACCAAAUAGCGUCGGCUAUGCCUAUACGCUACGUGUCUGUACCAGACGAAGAGGCUAGGCCUCGUCCACUUAGAGUGGAAGUGAAAAACUAUUCCGGUAAGGAGGGUGAGAACCUCAUCCUCUGGAUCCGUGAGAUUGAGAUGGCCAUGAGAUCAGGCCUGAUCACGCUUGACCAUCAACAGGUCUCGCUGGCUAUCUCGAAGCUCGACGGAAGAGCUAGAGAAUGGGCCUUGACGUGUAGCACGUCGGUGGACAUAGCGUUUCUCACAUGGGAGUCGCUUAAGUCACAAUUGUUACAGGUGUUCUCACCACCUAACCCGGCUUACCGCGUGCGUUCACGCUUUCUUUCUACCCGCCAGGGUAAGAAUGAAUUAUCGUACUAUGUCCAAGAGCUGCGAACGCUAAUGGCUGCAAUGCAGUCUGACACUCUGCCUGAGGCAGUCCAUGUGACUAUCUUCAUGGAAGGUCUACGUACUGGCAUUGCCAGAACCGAGGUUUUUCGGGUUCACCCUCCACUUUUGAAGAGGCUGUGA